AUGUCUUUUACGCGAUAUCCGGCCUCCUUUCCCCAUAUAUACGUUUCGCCUGGUGAUACUAAAUACAACAGUACUUUGCAGGGCCGUCGGCGUCAAUCCCAGACACCAGGGGGACUAGCGGCUUCCACUAUGGCAAGCCCAGGUUUUAAUGGAAAGCAACAGAACGGUGACAUCCAGAUACCUGUACCAGAGAUACCAUUCAUCUCUCACGAGAAGCCAUCUGAGCAAGGUCAGACAAACAGAGGAAAACUAAGUGUCAAAUACGCGGCGUUAAGGGGGGGAACAGGCCCACCUCAGGUGUCACGAAUUCCAUUGCCCAGUCCCCAACCAGACGGAUAUCCCAGAAGAAAUACAAACGCAGUGGCCAAGAUUCCGAAGUCAACCACGUUCUCUUCCUUUAAUAGUCCCAGGCAUGGUUCCUCUUUAUCACGCCACCAAUCGCUGUCGAGAAACAGUAAGGUUUCGUGUGGACAACCAAACCUGGACAGGAAACAUCAACAGCAACAAAUAGGAGAAAAACAUCAGAAACUAGCAACAGCAGCAAACGCGCAAGUAGUCAAUAUAGCCAAUAAUCCGUCAGCCGGAUUAUUCGGGUCACAAAAUUGUCCUACAUCCAUUCAACAGGCAUUUUCAGACCAAAAAGGGCGCUCAUUGCCAAAAAGUCAGACAACUCUAAACUUCGCCUCAUAUUCUAAGCUUCCUGGCUACUUUGCACCAGCCGAAAGCUUUAUUAACCGCUACCAAAUCAAUGCCCAUAGCAAGUGCAACGUCAUUAAAGACUGCGAAGUAGGACCGGGUCCUAGUGGUCCACAAAGCUCCCCAGAUGCUAAAGUAAAGAAUGCCUGUUGCUCGGGUAUACAGCAGCCAAGGAGCUCGAAGAAUCAAAGCUCGAUGGAGGGUCGUAAAUCUGGAUGUACUUCGCCACAUAACGACGAUGACAUCAAAACCGUAGUCACCGCCAAACCGCGCCAAUAUUGGCUAGGCCGCUUCUCCACCUUGGUAAAUGCCUUCCACCACGAAGACUCUUUCAAAGAAGAAUCAGGCGCAGUCACUGGAUAUGACAGUUCAGCUGCAUCACCAUACUACAAUAUCUUCCCAUCCUCCUCCGCAAACACGAACGACCAGCGGGUCACGCGUGCCUUCGCCUUCCUCGAAAACGCCUGCACGACCGUAGAGGCACGAAUCAGUUUCUUGGAAUUUCGAGAUGCCUAUUCCAAAUGUUUUGGCGAUCGGUGGAAAAUGCGGUUUGUGCGUGAUGCCGGUGCUGGUGUUGCUGGGAAUAAACAAAGGCACGGUGGCAGUACGUCUGAUCUCAAUGAUGGAACACUUGUAUUGGCCGGAGUGGCCGGAGAGAUGGCUGACAAGAAGUGGAAGUGGAGUGACGGCGGGGCUUUGGGAGGGGGUGGUGGAGCUGGGAGCGGAGGGAUUGGUUUGAUGAAUAUGUUUAGGACGGUUCGGAAAAGUUUGGCUUGA